AAAUUGGAGGCAAACGCAACAAAUAACGAGAACGCCAUUGAGAAUAGAUACAAAGGGAAUGCAAAAUUAAAGAGUGCACUGCUGUUGUUGUUGUCCAAAAAGCAACCAAAUCUUAGAGUGACGCUAUUAAGAAGUGCACUUGGUGAAUUGAAUGUGUAUUGUGUGAGUGGUGGUUAUUUUUUUUAUCCUCUACUCGUUCUUGUAUUGGGCUCCCGUUUAUUUAUGUUUAUACACGUUUUGUUUACGGUGCACUCCAUCACCAGUGUCGAGUUUCGAGCAAUUCGUAUAAUAUGCAUAUUUAAAGUUGACAUUUUACAGACGCGCUGAUACAAACACAUCAAUUUCAAAAUAUUAAAAAAAGUAACAACAAUUGUUUUUAUUUUACGAUUUUUUUUUCAUACGAUUUUAUUGAAUAAGUAAAGCACGUGUUAGUUUAUAAGUGUAAAAGAUUUAGGCGAUUAGAAAUUGGCAUUCCACGGUUGCGGAAGUGUCCAUCCAUAAAAAAUAUAUACAUAUAUACAAACACACCACAAAUUGAAAGAAAUGAGUGAAAGAUCCGAAAAAAAUAAUCAAAUUGCAUUGUUUAUGAAAAUAUCGGGUGCUGAUUUCGAUACCGCACGCCAAGCACUCACCGUAAACAAUUUGGAACAGGCAAUCAUUUAUCAUUUAGAACGAACAAAUGCGAUCGGUGCACCAGAGGCUGAUGUUGCAGCGGCAUCCACAUCGACCGACGCAAAUUUACCAAUUGACGAUGAUGACGAGGUUCGACCGCCCAUUCCACCGAAACGUGAACAACUCAUUUUACCAAAUGCAGACAAAUUUCCGUAUCGCAAACCGAAAAUAGAGAAUAUUCUUGGCUUUUCAAAUAGCACACGUGAAUUGUUCAAUCGUCAAAUGAAUGCAAGCGAAGCACAACCGUCCACAAAACCAGCCGUACCAAGCCGAUUGAGCGAACUAUUUCGGCCACCCGUUGAUAUAACAUUUGGCGGUUCAUUUGAAGCGGCUCGUGACUAUGCCAAAGAGCAAAAUAAAUGGCUUAUCGUUAACGUACAAGAUAUGAGUGAUUUUAAUUGUCAAGUACUCAACCGUGAUAUUUGGUCAAGUGGCAAAUUACGAGAGGUCAUUCAACGGUACUUUGUCUUUUGGCAAGUGGCCAUUGAUAAUACGGACGGCCAUCGAUUUCAAGUGUUUUAUGGUAUACAAGUAUUUCCAUAUGUUGGCAUCAUUGAUCCACGUACCGGGGAAGAAAAACUUUGCUACAAAACUGGAUUCAAACUUACACUCAACGAUUUUAUGGACACAUUGAAAAUUUAUUUGAAAGAAAAUACACCACAUCCAAAUGCAGUUGAUGGCAUUGUCAGCAUUGUCGAUGAAAAAUAUUUCGAAAUUAAAACCACAAACUCAACAAAAAAUCAUGCAACAGCAUCACCGAAUCCAAAGCGAAAACGACUUGAACCCUCAUCACUGACUGAACAAGAGCAAAUCGAAUUAGCCAUUGCUCAUUCAUUGCGUGAAGUGAAUGCAACCAAAGAUGACAAUAAAAGUGAUAGUUUUGGUGAACCAUCAUCGGACGAAGUGGACUUUGAUUUCGAUGAUGAAUCGUCAAAUAAAUCUUUCGACAUGAGUUAUCCACAAAUGAAGCCAAAAUUGUCACACUCACUUAACCAGAGCCAUAAUGAAGAUGCGAUUGCAGGUCCAUCAAACGACGAAUCUCCGCCGAAAAUAUUCAAAUUGAACAUCGAUUGCUUUGACGAGAUAUUUGAAUAUUUGGGCGUGAAAGAUUUGCAUUCAUUCGGACAAACAUGCAAGCGAAUGAACAAAGUGGCCGGCGAAUAUUUCAAACAAAAUCAUUCAUCGGCUGAGAUAUUCUGCGAAAAAGAUGGAAUUCACACAGUUUAUUCGGACAAAGACGGUGUUAUAGAUAAUCUUAUUCAAACAUCUGGUUUUAUUAAGUUCAUUCCAUGCAUUUCAAUUAAUUAUCGUUUUGAGUCCACUCAACCGAUGGGUCCACUCAAAUAUAUUAAAUCGCACAUCAGUGAAUUUGAAGCAACCAACCACAUUUAUCUGUGGAAGUUAUGCAUUAAAAACGAAACAGUUGAAAAUUUUAAACAAUUGUUGCCUCAACUGGAAAUUCUUCAACACCGACAUUGCACGAUGUAUGGUGACUUUUACGAUUUGAUAUUGAAACAUUGUAAGAAUUUGAGAGAGAUUUAUAUUCAAGAAUCGGAUGUUGGUUACCGAAUAAAUGGUAAACUCAACUGGUUAUUACAAGAAUAUCCAAAGCUUGAACGAUUAGAAUUGAUGCCUGAUGAUUCUUACAAAUUUGAAGAGCUAGUUGAAUUUGAAGAGCUACGUGAAUUUUUCGUACGCAAUCCAAAUGUACAGAGAUUUUCAAUUACCUUAGAAUAUUUGUGGCACAACGCUAACAUA